GGAGCAGGGGGCGGAGCGAAGGGUUCGUGACAGAUCGCGCUGUAUUGAACUGGACGCUGAUACCUUAUUAUUAUAUUGUCUGAAUAACGCACUAGUGUCGCAAUGGUGUCGCACUCGCUGGCUUUACCGAUGAUCUGUUUCACCACGCUGUGGGGUCUGGUCGGGGUUGUGGCCCCGUUUCUUGUACCGAAAGGACCAAACAGAGGGGUGAUCAUAACCAGUUUGGUGCUGACCGCCGUGUGCUGCUAUUUAUUCUGGUUAAUAGCGAUACUGGCUCAAGUAAAUCCUCUAUUUGGACCUCAGCUGAAAAACGAGACCAUAUGGUAUCUGCGCUACUUCUGGGAGUAGAUGGAGGUGUCAAAGAUUCUGAAUCUCAUCAGACUUUUUUUCUUUUAAAUGUCACUAUUAUGACUCCAAGAGGACAACAUUACACACAUUUUUUUUUUUUUCAAUUACAAAAAGAAUGAUUCAACUUUUGUUUAAACAUAAACAUGUUACUUAACAGAAUACAGCAUAAUGAAUAGAUGAUUUGGAAAUAGUAUACAGAAUAGUAUUGUAAAAAUGUACAAAGAAAUGUUCUAGUGGUAUUCUUGUGAUCUUUGAAGAAUUAUAAGAACAUUAGUUAUAAGAAGUGUGUGCUUUGGAUGUCUGAGAGUUUGAGUAUAUGAGUAAAUGUUUUUGUUUUGUUCUGCAUCAAGGCACAGGUUUGUCUAUUUUUAGUUCUAUUUAAUAUUAUGCUGUCCUCACUUGCAUGUGACACUCUAUCCAUGCUUACCUGAUGAAAUUAUUUUUAUAUUUAUUAUUGUUUUUAUUUGUAAAUGUGAUUGAUAUUCUGUCGAUGUUUUAUGUCAUUGUAUGAAGUUUUUGAAGCUGUGUCGUACAAAUAAAACGAGUGAAUCUACUG